AUGGGCGUGUAUGUGUUUGUGAAUUUUACGCAGAACGUGGAUCGACUCCAUCAUGUGGCAGCUCAACGUCUAUCAAGCAACAUACCACCCAUCUUAGAGCUCCACGGCUCCUUGAGCGAAGUGCGAUGUGUUUCUAAAGGAAAUAGCUCACCAAAAGAAACUAGUUGGUGGGAAAAGGCACAGACGAAUGCCUUCGGGCGAGUGGAUCGAUACUAUCCAACACAUACUGCAAAAACUGAUGCAGAUCAUGGAUGUGGCUUUGUUUGUUCGAGAGAUGCUCUACAGGAUCAACUUACAGUCAUGAAUCCAGGAUGGUAUGAAUGGUCUGUGCGUUUGAAAAAUGAGCCUCAUUUAUCAUUACGCCGCAAUCCUGAUGGUGAUGUACAACUUGAGGGUGUAUCCUAUGACACAUUCUCAUACCCCACUUGCCCUAACUGCGGAGGCAUUAUCAAACCCGAUGUCGUUUUUUUCGGCGAAAAUGUUCGAAAGACAGUUAGAGAACAAGCAAAGCAAUGGGUGAAUGAAUGUGAUGCUCUAUUACUCGUUGGCACAACCGUCGCUACUUAUUCAGCAUAUCGCCUUGUUCGUGACGUGAAGGAAGCAGGCAAGCCAAUUGUAUUGCUGAACCGUGGACCAACACGCGUUGAUCCUCUGGUUGACGUUCGCAUUGGUUUUGAUAGCGCUAGUGUUUUAUCUCACUUGCGAUUUACUUAA